CAAGGUGCAUCAGCUGUUAUCACAAUCAGUCGGCGACUGCGUGACAUUAUGGGGUAUGUUCUUCAUAUGGACUGUGAUCUUCGUGUGAAACUUAACAGGACAUGUGCGAUACUUAGCUGCUGGCAAGAGCACGAAAGAGAAGCACAGAAGCAAUUUGGUGCAGAGUGGAUUAAAGCAUUCUUAACAAAACCAUCAGGUGUAAAAACACGAGAAAAUCUUAUUGAGGCAUAUCGCAUGUUAUGGUCAGAUUGCAGUUCUGCAGAAGUUACACGUUUGUCAGAUGAUGCUAUCAGAAGCUUCUCAGCCGAAGAUGAAGAUGAAGAUGAUCAUCAUACAAGUGAUGCAGCAUUUGAAGGAGAAUGUGAAGCAACUACUGUACCUUCAGAAUUGUGGCCAGUAAUGGAAGUACUGUCGCUUCGCUUGGGGAUGGCAGCUCUUGCUGUGUUGUUGCAGAACCCAGACAAAAAGUCAGAGGAGGACAGCAAGGUGGUCGAUGAAGCUGCUAAAUUUUUCUCUCGGUUGCCCAGCACCCCCCUGAAGCUCGCAGCAAUCUACCAGACAGCAAAGCACACGAAGUUACAGGAUGGAACAGUACCUGAGAUGAUCAGAUGGCAGUUAGCACACCUGGUGAAGUCCCUGGCAUGUAAUAAUACUACUGUAAAGUCUGCAGAGAGUUUAGUAGAGGUGGUGGAUUUAGAAGCAGACACCAGUAAGAUGACUUCUUGUCUGCCACAUUACUCUCUGUUGGCCUUACAUAGUUGGAGACUAGUGGAAAAGGCAUUUGGCAUUGGUGCAAAUGGAGACAUGCUGCAAAAUGUUUCACUCAGUGAUUAUAAGGAGCACUGCAUCAGACUGGAGAUGUUGCGUGCAUUUUUAUGGAAAAAUGCCAUUGCGCUUGACAGCAGUUACCUUGAUAUUGUGUAUUAUGACGCUUUAGCUUGUAAAGGAACAUUCAGCUGGUUCCUAGAUGCCCUGAUACAUUCAGUGCCAAGCUCAAAUAGUCUGCUUACCAGCAGUCUUUCUAUUAGUGAAAAGAUUGAUACCGCAAGAAAGUUUCUGAGGAUUGCCGAGCCUCAUAGAAAUUAUGCAAACAACCUGAAUGGAUGUCUUUCUCUUUGUGAGUCUUUUGAAGACAUAGUGCAGUUUCACGAACAAUUGGAACAGGAACUCAGUCGCGGAAAAUCUGCUGUGCAGAUCAGAAUCACUGCAAUUGCAAGCCAACUUUGGUUUGCAAUGGGCCAAUUUCAGAUGUCAGUAUUUACUCAUCUCGGUCUUGUCGAUCCUGUUAGGAAGAGGACGAUGAAGUUGUCCUACGCCAAGGAAGAGUUGGAGUUUGUCGAACGUCUUCUCAAAGCAUUUGAGAUAACAGCAAGACUACAGAGCCGAAACUGGGAAGUUAUUCCAGAUGCUGAGGUGCCAUCCUUCAUUCGUACCUUAAGACUUCUUAAGGCAAUGUUGAACGAAAAAUGCACGAAACUUGAACAACAAAUAUCCACCAGGCCACAGAAUGCUAAGCCUUUCGCACUUCUCAGGAAGGAAAUCGAAAACUACAAGUUGAACCUUCAUGGAAAAAUGGGAGAACUUAGUAAGCAACUGUCAGCAGUCACCCACAAAUUACUGCAAAAAGAGGCCCAGAAUGGUAUGACACAGGGAAUCCCAGAAAACAGAACGUAUGACAUUUUGAGUAUAAGAAGAGAGGCAGUUGAUGUGAUUGACACGGCAUUCAGUAUGCGAGAAUCGCAGCAAGCAUUUACUGCCAGGCUUCAGAAUGUGUAUGGAGACCACUACCCAGAUCUUGUAACUCCUAUUCUAUUUGCUCUUACUCAGGUUUCGUAUGCCAUUGAAGUACAGUGCAGUGUGAUCCAUAAACUUAUUGAACCAAAUGAUGAUACUUGGAAACUGCUUUGUUAUCCUUCUAUUGGUACUGUUUAUCAAACAGUCAAUGAAAUUCUAUUGAAGUCAAGCUCAGGAAGUGAUUGGAGUUUUCAGCAAUGCAUGGCUAGCUUGCAUGACCUCGGAUGUCUGAUGUCUGUUAUGGGUAACUACAAUGAUAACUGCAGGAAAGUAUGGGCAAAUUUACACAACCAUCUGAAAUAUGUUGUGUCCAUUUGGAAGAAACAGGAUGAUGAAAAACGGCUUUGUGAGAAGGAGAAAGAAGCUCUUUAUGUACACAAGAGUACUGUAUCAGAAGAACAACAAAAUGAAGAGGAGCUAAAUAAACUCUUUCCAGUGUGGAGCACUCAAGACUUUUCAGAAUUCCAGCCACAAAGCCUUGAACAAAGCAGGCCAGUUUCAUAUAGCCUGGCAUCAAAGGAUUCACAGCAGACAAAUCCUUUAUUAACGGAAGAUGAUUUCUACUCAGUAGUAAAGCUACACGGUUCUCUUGUAAGAGCCUUCAGUCACUCAUUGUGGCUUCAAGGAUCAGCCAAACAGUACACACCUGAUUUUUCAAAGGCAUUACUCCUCAGGUAUGAACACAUGCAUGAAGACAUUCCAAAUAUUCUUCAGUCGCAGGACAGCUUUGUUGACAGUAAACUAAUUGCAAGUCUUCUGGUACUAGUGACAACAGAGUCACACAGAAAAAGAGUUGAAAAAAGUGAUUUCUACCAAACGGGGCAAAUCGAGGAGACUGCACGAUGCCUUCCUGUGCUGAGGGGAAUUCGAAGUGAUAUUUGUAAGCUCUUAGAGCAGUUCCCAAAUUUUCCUACAUUGAGUCAGAUGCUCAUUGUGGUGGACCGAAUAUUAGGAUUUCCUGUCUCAAGCCCACUACCACGCUUUCUCACGGGGCUGGAACUUUUGCUGAGUAAGUUUGAGGAAUGGGAACAGAAUGCUCACCAAGGAGUUAGUCUGCUGGAACACCGUGCUGCUCUGACACAGCUGAUUUUCGACUGGAGACGGAAGGAACUGGACUGCUGGAAAUCGGCAUUCGAUGCUGCUUUGGCCAGGGCGGAAACUAAAGCCACAAAAUGGUGGUUUUACCUCUUUUCAGUAAUUGAGUCCUUUGUCUCUGAUGAAGGAGAGAAAACUUCUAUCGCUGAAUUGGAAGGAACGUUGAAAGCAUUUAUAGAAAAUGGAACACUUGGAGACUUUGAAACCAGACUUGAGAUGCUUUUCAACUUCCACUGUCAUGUGCUGCAUAUGGAAACUUCAGAAAGGCAAGAAGUGAUGUUGUGUUUGCUGUGGAACUUAUACAAGAGGUUUUCGCAGCUAAAAGUACCUAUAGCAGAGCGUCUCGCACGUCUGAGAAACCCUAUAGAACGAGAAUUACGUGAUUUUGUAAAGAUUUCCCACUGGAAGGACACAAGUUACUGGGCAGUACGGGAAGCAGUUGCUAAGAGCCACCGCACUGUCCAUAAGCGUAUUCGAGAAUUUGAGAAAGUGUUGGCUGAACCAGCUCUUGUUCCUGGUGUAGGAGUUAAAACUGGAGGGACAAUUUUUGUUAGAUUCCCCACAGUUAAUGCUGCUGCCUUCAUCAUGCCUUUGGCUUGGCGAAAUCUCUUCACAACGGGUGAUGUCCUUCCACACUUGGAAUCACUGUUUAUGAAAUGUCGGCGACGCAGCCGCCAACUUGCCGAGAAAAGUGAAUAUGGUAUGCUGCUUGGUACACUUGCUUCAGUAAUGAAUGAACUUUUUGAGAGAGCAGAUGAAGAUAACAAGACGGAGGUGAAUAGAUCAUUGCCCAAAGAGAAACAAAAGUCAGAAGCUAAGCACUUAUUGCACAGGAGACGAAAGACACUGACUGACAUCUUUCACAGUUUGCAGUUAAUGGGACUGUCAUAUCGCACUGGACGCCGUCUCUGUGAAGAUCAGAGAAUGAGCUGCUUCGUUCUCUCACCAGUUGAUCCAGUGAUUGCUGUCACUAGCCCAGAUGCAGAGCUUCUUUCUGCUCAUGCUGCUGAUUCACUUAUAAAGCAGUCUUGGUUAGGUUGUGAUAACCUCUCGUGCUGUGCUGAAAUACAUUAUGAGCAGCUUGUUGGUUUUCUGAAAUCUCCAGCUCAGGAUCUUGGUCCAGCAAACAUUGAGAGACUGCAAGGCUUUGCAUUUCAUCUUCUGGCAUUGGCAAGAGAACAAAAAUCCAUGAUAAGCAGUUCAGUAAAACAACUGCAUGGGUUGCGGAGAAUUGUGAUGGAACUCUCAACCCAUUGCCAAGACACUUGUGAUGGGGCUAAACCAUCAGAAAUUGUUCAAGCAAAGUCUCGUGUGGUGGAUUUGCUGGCAACUGUGCAGAUGUGCAUGGAGCAGUUUCGCAUUGCUGUCAAGUCUUGCCCAUCUACAUCGUCUCCUCAGGUGCCCCAAGUGUGGUUAUCUACAAAGAAUCACAUGCCUGCUUUGGUGUCGGCAUCAUUUGGUGAUGCCGAAUGGCGAGAUUGUGAUGCUCUCAUUUGUGACAUUGUUUUAACGACUGGAAAGCUGAAAGCCUCUCUUGAUAUCCCUCUUAUAAAGCUGAAAUCAGUUGUGGAAGCGUACAGUGGUUUACAGACAAUUAUGCAAAAACUCAAGAAAUUGCAGUUAAAAUUUGAAGAGGACGAUACAAACUUUUCACAGAAUCCGUUGGCAGAAUGCCUUAGGUGGUUAUCCACACAUGUACAUCAGGAAUUGGAAAGUUUCCACCAGUCUAGUUUAUUUGCAACAGUAAAUUCAUCAUCAUACAAAAGUGGUUCACAAGUGUUAGGAAGUGAAUCAAAAACAGAUGAUUUCAUGUCUGAUGUGUUAAGUCAAGUUCCAAAAGUUCAUCUAUCACCUGAUCUUCUGCGAGACCCUACUUUUAGGCCCAAAAUGAAAGAAACCCUUGUGAAAAUAAUGCUGGUUGUUCAGAAACUAUAUAAAAGGAAUGACAAAAUAUCAGUAGGUGCAGGAAACGAUGAUGUCUGCAAUGUGAUGGAGGGGGGAACUGACAUGGAAGAAACACAGAGUAUUGAUAAGGAAAACAACAUGAUGAAGAAUGCUGUGAAUGGCGUAAGUUCCACUCCAUCUGUGGAUACUUUUGAACAUGAAAGCCAUCAUGAGCUUCAAAAGGAUCACUUUAAGGAGAAGAUACUUGGUGGAUUAAAAACUGACAUUAAUUAUUUGAAUCUGAGUGUUAUCUUUGACACUGUUUCAGAUAUUAAAAACAUGUUAAUUAGUGUAUUAGAAGUAGGAAAAGAAACAGAAACAUCUGUGUAUUACAAAAGGCUGAUUCAGAUGCUGCUGCCAUUCCUGCACCAGCUGGCACUCCUUGCAGAACUUACUGUAUUUCAACAAAUUCAAGCAUUUCAUGUAUCGUGCCAGUUACUCAAUAAACUGUUGCCUUUGUUCCAGCAUCUUGCACAAAAGGGCUUUGGCAUACCUCCUGAUCUAAUGCCAGAUGAUGAAGGUGAGGAUUCGGGACCUGCUAAAGGAGGUAUGGGGCUAGGUGAUGGCGAAGGUGAGACAGAUGUUUCGGAGCGAAUUGAGAGUGAAGAUCAGUUGGAAGAUGCCCGCCCUAAGGGGCAGGAGCCAGAAACAGAUGAUGAAAAGGAGUGCAAGGAGGAAUCGAAAGGAAUAGAAACAUCAGAGGAUUUUGGUGGGAAAGCACAAGAUAUUGAUAAAAGUGGAGAUGAUGAGAAUGAAUCAGAAGGUAAUAGUGAAGAAGAUUUGGAUGCUGAAAUGGAUGACACUACAGGUGCAGAAGAGAAACUCGAUAAACAGGUGUGGGGUAGUGACUCAGAGGAUGAGAAAGAAGAGGAAAUGCCUGAAGAUGAUGCCAGAGGGGGAGAGAAGGAUGGAGAACCAGAACUUGGAGCAGCCAAUGGCAAAAGGAAACGUGAUGAAGAGAGUGAUGAAGAAGCUGGUAGUGGUGAUGAAAAGCGCAAACAACAGCGUCCAGAAAUUAAUGAAAUGGAUGAACCUGAGCCAGAUGAUGAUCAGAUUGACCCAUAUCAUGGCAAACAACCACCAGAGCCUGAGCCUGAAGCAUUUGACCUACCUGAAGACCUACAACUGGAUGAUGGCGCAGGAAAAGAUGAUGCAGAAGCAAAUGAAGAAAACCCAUUUGAUAUUGAUGAAAUGAAAGAACAAAAAGAGCCAGAGAAAGAAAAUACAGAUGAAACAUCAGAGGGAAAGGAGAAAAAUGAUGACAAGACUGAAGAACCAGAAAGUUCAAGUGAAGAUGAAAUGGAUAAUAAUGAAGACCCCAAUGGAACUACAGGGUUGGAGCAAGGAGCUAGUGAUAAAGAAGAGGAAAAUGCUGAGAUUACAAAAGGAGAAAAAGAUGGGAAAGAAGGAGAAAAUGAAGAUAAAGGGAAUGACCAAGAAGAAGCCAGUCCGUCAGAUGACCAGCCCAGUCACAACGCUGCAGAGCCUGCACCAGAACAGGCAGAAGCCGGCUCAAAAGACCAGGUGUCAUCAGUCCCCAAAGAAGAUGAGAAAGAUUCCAAAGAUGGAGGAGAUGCAGGAGAUCCAGGUGAAAUGGAGCAGUCGGGAGUGGGUGGAGCACAAAUGAAAGAUGAUGAGGCUGGGCACCAGGGGAGACCAGAGGGAGACAGUAUGCCAGAAGCACGAGCAGACCAGCAGGGGCAGAGAGAUGUGCGCAAGAGGGACCGACCAGGGCAGAGCGACGCACAACGUAGUCUCGGUGAUGUGAAAGAACCAACAGUAAAACGGCUGAAGACGGUGGAUGUUACAAAUAAGGAACAAGAGUCCAAAUCAGAGGAUGAGACAGAAGAAGGGGCGGAUUUAGGCCGCAGUGCUGAUCUCUACCAACACAUACGUGAUUCCAAAGAAGCAUUUGAUGCACACACUAUAGAUGCGGCCACAGAGGAGCAAGCAGAAAAACAGCCUGUUCCAAAUUUGGAAGAAGAAAAGGGUGAAGAACUGAAUGAUGAUGAUAUAGAAAUGAUAGAAGAUCAACCACCAGCUAAUGAGAAGAGUCCACAGCAGCGUAUUCCAGCUGAGAAUGUUCCUGGUACGAAAGACAAGUCUGACCUUGCUGGAGAAAAUAUGGACACUGGUGGAGACGGAGAAACUAAUGUGGAAGUUGAAGGGGAGCGUGUAGAAACAGUUGGUGUGAAACGAGGUGCGGAGACUACUUUCAAUACCACGAUAAAAGAAAGUGAAUCGGUUCCUGUAUCGAGACAGGUAGUGGAAGAGGAAACACAAGCCAUACGACUGGCUCUUGAGAAACAGCUUGGGUCUUGGGUACAGCCACCAUCUGAUGCAGAAGCAGAAAGAGCUUGGGAUUCUUUCAGCCACACCACUCAAGAAUUGGCUCGAGAUCUCUGUGAACAGUUACGCCUCGUGCUAGAACCAACUCAAGCAUCACGUCUUCGUGGAGAUUUCAGGACAGGGCGCCGAAUUAAUAUGCGGAAGGUUAUCCCGUAUAUUGCUAGCCAGUUUCGUAAGGACAAAAUAUGGUUGCGUCGAACAAAACCGUCAAAGAGAGAAUAUCAGAUUGUUCUAGGCAUAGAUGAUUCUUCCAGCAUGGACUAUAACCAAGCCAAAGAGAUGACAUUUGAGUCGGUGGCCCUGGUCAGCCAAGCGCUGACUCUCCUGGAAGUGGGUGAACUCGGAGUUGUCAGUUUCGGAGAGGACAUCCACAUCCUACACCAACUGGGACAGCCGUUCACCCACACCAGUGGUGCAACACUGCUGCAACACCUACGUUUUGAUCAGCGAAGUACAAAAGUGGGCUCCUUAGUCCAGUUUGUGACUGAGAUGUUUGAGAACCAUGGGACACGCAGCUCUGCAGAUCGAGCACAGCUCUUAGUAAUCUUGUCUGAUGGACGUGGUGUUCGCAGUGAAGGGAAGUUGCUUGUAGAAAGGGCCGUUGCUCGAGCACGUCAAGAGCGAAUUUUCACUGUGUUUAUUAUUAUUGAUAACCCAAAAUAUGAGACAUCAAUUUUGGAUGUGCGAAAUACUGACUUCACUGGCGGGAAAGUUAAAUUCACAUCGUACAUGGAUGACUUUCCAUUUCCAUUCUACGUAGUGCUUCGAGAUGUUAGUGCUCUUCCGGCAGUUCUUAGUGAUGCCCUGAGGCAGUGGUUUGAAUUAGUUGUAACAAUUGAUAGUUAGAGGUGGUUGUUCUUGCAUUUAUGCUCUUAAUGGUUCCUGUUUUGUAUUCUGUAACUAAUCUGUGGUUUAUUGCAUUAAAUAUGUCACCACAAGUGAUUUUACAUAUAACAAAGGUAAUGCAACCCUGCAGUAUUUUGUAUUUUAAUGUGCAUGUAUGUGUUCAGUAAAUUCCAAAUAAGGACUGACAUGGAAUGCAGUUACAGUGGUAGCAGACUUUUCUGUGAAGUAUUGAGAUGUAAACUCCAAAUAUUUUUGGAGAAUUUUAAUCACAACAGUGAUCGCAUUAUGAAGUCUUCUUUUUUUCACUUUCCUUUUAGAGUAAUAAAUGAGUUUGUAAGUGUCAGAAUGUACCAGUAUUGCUUUUUCCUCCUCUUCCAGUAUAAGGUCUAGAGAGAGCUUUUUAUUGUAUCAUGCAAAAAUACAUUUUGACUCAUGUUCUGUUCCACACUCAAUCAAAUGAAAUUUAAAUGAGUUAUUGUGGUUCUGUUCCUUAGAGAUUUUUUAUUUUAUUAUGUUGUUGUUAUGAUGCCAAAAUUGAGUUUCACUCCAAAUUUGUUGUGUGUAACACGACAAAAUGUGAAUAAGCUCCUACUGUACUUGUUGAUUUUUUUUUUUUUGUACCAAUUUUGAAGACUGCUAGUAGAUUACUUUUGUACCAAUUAAUUACUGUAUUGUGAGUGCUAAAUAUGAAAGAGAACAUUAAUUCAUUAAUUUAUUUUUAUCAAGGAUUGGUGUUCCUGUCUUUGCACUCUGAUACUACUUUAUCACCAUGUACUGUGUAUUUUUGGUUCAUGUAAAUUUAUUUUUGUUGAUUGUUUUAUAGUUCUGUACAUGUGAA